UGAAAAUCCAAUUGUCCCCCCCCUGAAAUUACGUUCCCUUCCCCUUCUCACCUGCAGGCUCAAUCUACGAAACCCGCCAAUCUCAUCCGCUAGACCCGAACCCAUAACAUCAUCACCAUCAUUACGGUAUCACUAGCAGCAACACGCUGCAAUUCCCACAUUGUUUUGUACCAAUCUGCUUGAAUCUGUGUCAAUCUGGAGUCACACUGUCGUCGUUUCUCUUUUUUUUCUUCUUCUUCGUUUUCGUUCGUCCGGAACUAAUUUCUUAUCAAUCCAUCUCUUUCUUUGACAUAACUUCCCUACCUAGAUAGGGUACUUAGUUUGUUGCAUUCAUUUCAUGCGAUCUGUCCGUAUUCCACAGCACAGUAACAGGCUUGCAUUGCAUGCUCUCCCAUCUUCCAUGACUGUAAUAGGCGAAGGCGACAAAUAACAUUCCAUCAUCCCAAUCGCACGCCUGCGUCCAAUAAUUCGGCAAUCUUUUACGAAACGUUCGCCCGCCACGCCGCUGACAUCCACUCGUUUCCUGCUUACUUUUACCGCUCCCACCCAUAAUUGCGCGCAGCUGGCUAGUUAUUUACGUUAACUUGACAAGACAAAACGCCAUAUCGCGAUUGACAUCCUUUUAUACGGGGGUUUAGGCUUGGUUGCAAUUAAAUUAUGGCGGAUGCAACGCCUCUCUCUACAGGUGGAGAUCAAGGCGCCAAGGAAGAAAAAGUGUCAAUAAAUCAGCCCGUUGGCGACGUCGAGAUGGAAGACCUGUCACAAGUCGAACCUAAAUCUGCCAAUCCAGAUACGAAUCCGGAAACCACAGUAUCCCAAAGUCACGAUACCGAGUCUUCACCAACCCCGAUACCUGUACCCGACAAGGACCCUCCAGUCGAUGAAUCUGUUUCAGCAAAAGUUCGCGGCAAGGCUCCGGCCACCGAUGAUGUACAAGACUUGACAGUAGACCCCAUCGUACCUGCGACCGAGACUGAUGCAUCUACGAAUAACGAACUUGCGGUGGAUAUCGAACUUCUUUUGACAUCUGGUGGACGUCACCCCUUUCGGAUCGAUGAAAAAUACUUAGCAAAACGGAACGUGACUGUUACAGGCAAAACCGAGGAUGGGAAAAUGGACCCGUUUAGCAUCACGGUGUACACACUUAAGGAGUUGAUACUGAGAGACUGGAGAAAGGAAUGGGAUCAACCCCCCAGAGAACCCAGCGCUAUAAGGCUUAUCCAUUUUGGCAAGGAAUUAGAGGAUCGGAACCAACUCAACCACUAUAACUUCACCCUAUCCAGAAAGGUUGUUCACAUGACUGUCAAGCCCCAAGAAUGGAUAGAUGACGAGGAAGCAGCUAAGAAAGUCAAGGACUCAGGGAGUAGUCGUGGUCGUAGUGGAUGCUGUGUCAUCUUAUGAUCUGACGCGAUCUCCUUUUUUCCGACGUAUAAUUGGGGGGAAAUCCCAUAUAAAUCCUUCAUCUAAUCUGAGUUAACGAAAAGGUACUUUCGGAGCGGCGGUAUCAUUCAUACCCUAUUUCACUAGAUAUGCUCUCCUAAAAGGCCGGAUACAAGUACGGGAAAGACGGGCAAUGGGGAGGGGGGGGGGGGCAUCUAUUGUUGGAAUUGAUUGUGCAAAUCUAGUUUUGGGCAUCGGGCGGCGCGAACGGGGUUUGAUUUAAAGCCAGCUGAGAUUGAAGCGAGAGAGCUAUUAGGAGAAAGCGUAUCGUUCACAUUAUUGCGUUGUGGCAAAGUCUAAACGGAGAGCCUUUUCUUUUUUUUCUCUGUCUCUGUCUCUGUGCCCUGGAAUACAUAAAGGCGGGCUCUUGGUGGGAAAGGGGAGAGGGGUUGGGGUGAGAGAUGCCUCGACGGGUUGGUUUCCAUUGUUGGUGCUUAUUUAGGUAUCCUUUUCCGUUCGUAUAGCACUUGGGAGAGGAGAAUCAGGCCGAAAUAUCCGGCGCACUUGUCAUCUUAUUAUGUUUAUAGUACCUGCUGCACUCUUAUCUAUCACUGGUCGUGAUGACCAUACGAGAUGAUAGUUUGGUCACUCCGGGACUGGUGUUUUCUGUACAUGUUAUGGAAUAUCAUGGAUAUAUACCUAGGUUAGGUAUAUAUAUAUUGUGAGCAUUUCAAA